GUGUGUCCCUGUCCACGGUGCGCCUGGCUCUCUGCGGUCGUGUGCGGGGCCUUGGUCUCCAGCCCAGAGCCUUCCUGCUAUUGGCUGUGCUCAGGCGUGGGGUAACUGUAGGCUCCUUUUAGCCCGAGAUUAGCCAUAUUCAUAGGCUUUGCCUGCGAACACGCCCCCUCCCUCCCCUCCCCUCCCUCCUGUGCCUGUCAGGUUCAGCACCGCCGUCCGUCUCUUUUUAACCCCUGCCAUCGUCCACUGCACACUCGCCGCCUCCAUUCCUGGGACAUCGGACCGGGGACUUUAACUCUUAACUCCACUUUAUCCCUGCUUGUGUGUGUGCGUGUGUGUGCGCUCUCCCUUGUUGCUAUCGGACAGAUGGAGGACUACCAUAAACCGGACCAGCAGACCGUGCAGGCGCUCAGGAACAUCGCCACCCGGCUCCGGAUCAACUCCAUCAAGGCGACGACUGCAGCGGGCAGCGGUCAUCCCACAUCAUGCUGCAGCGUGGCGGAGAUCAUGUCUGUGCUGUUCUUUCAUACCAUGAAGUACCGACCUGAAGACCCCCGUAACCCCAACAAUGACCGCUUCAUCCUCUCCAAGGGUCAUGCAGCCCCUGUGCUGUACGCCGCGUGGGCGGAGACGGGCUACCUGAAGGAGAACGAGCUCCUCAAUCUCCGCAAGGUGGACUCCAUCCUGGAGGGACACCCUGUGCCGAAGCAGCAGUUUGUGGAUGUGGCCACUGGAUCUCUGGGCCAGGGGCUGGGAGCUGCCUGUGGAAUGGCCUACACUGGAAAAUACUUUGACAAGGCCAGCUAUCGGGUGUUCUGCCUGCUGGGUGAUGGAGAGAUGUCCGAGGGCUCCGUGUGGGAGGCCAUGGCCUUCGCCUCAUACUACCAGCUAGACAACCUGGUGGCCAUCUUGGACAUCAACCGCCUGGCUCAGAGCGAUCCCGCGCCACUGCAGCACCAUGUGGAGAAGUACCAGCGACGCUGUGAGGCCUUUGGCUGGCAUUCCAUCAUUGUGGACGGCCACAGUGUGGAGGAGCUGUGUAAGGUGCUAAGUCAGCCCCGCCACCAGCCCCUCGCCGUCAUCGCCAAGACUAUCAAGGGCAAGGGCAUCCCAGCCGCUGAGGAUAAGAUGGGCUGGCACGGGAAACCCCUGCCCAAAGACAUGGCCGAUAGCGUGAUGAAGGAGUUGCAGAGCCGCAUCGUCAGCUGCAACAAGCGCAUCUAUCCCGCCCCGCCCAAUGAGGACGCGUCACCUGUCAGCCUCCGCAACAUCCGCAUGCCGAGCGCGCCCAGUUACAAACCCGGAGACAAGAUUGCCACGAGGAAGGCGUACGGCAUGGCUCUGGCCAAGCUGGGCCGCUACAAUGACCACGUGGUGGCUCUGGAUGGAGACACCAAGAACUCCACCUUCUCCGAGCUCUUCAAGAACGAACACCCCAACCGCUACGUGGAGUGCUACAUCGCAGAGCAGAACAUGGUGAGCGUGGCGAUAGGUUGUGCCGUGCGGGACCGCAACGUGGUGUUUGCCAGCACCUUCGCCACGUUCUUCAGCCGUGCCUACGAUCAGCUCCGCAUGGCCGCCAUCUCUGAGAGCAACAUCAACCUCUGUGGCUCCCACUGUGGAGUGUCUAUUGGUGAGGAUGGACCCUCUCAGAUGGGCCUGGAGGAUCUGGCCAUGUUCAGAGCCAUCCCCACUGCAACCGUCUUCUACCCCAGCGACGGAGUCUCCACUGAGAAGGCUGUGGAGCUCGCUGCCAACACAAAGGGAUUGUGUUUCAUCCGAACAAGCCGCCCGGAGAACAACAUCAUCUACAACUGCAAUGAGGACUUCCAUGUUGGUCAGGCUAAGGUUGUGUACAAAACCAAUGAUGACCAUGUGACCGUGAUCGGCGCAGGAGUGACCCUCCACGAGGCUCUCGCCGCUGCUGAACAGCUGAAGAAAGAAAGAAUUAACAUCCGCGUGAUCGACCCGUUCACCAUCAAACCCCUCGACUCAAAGACCAUCAUCGACAACGCCAGGGCCACCAGGGGACGCAUCAUCACCGUGGAGGACCACUACUAUGAAGGCGGCCUGGGCGAGGCAGUGUGCUCGGCGGUCGUGAACGAGACCGGCUUCACCGUCCAGCGCCUGGCAGUCUCUCAGGUGCCCCGCAGCGGCAAACCCAACGAGCUGCUCCGAAUCUUCGGCAUCGACCGCGACGCCAUCACUCAGGCGGUCCGCAAGGUGCUCAGCAACUCUGCCAACGCCAAGUAAGAAUGUCGCGGCUGCAGACGCAGCGGCAGGGAAUGGUAACGGACUCCGCGGGAUCACCACGGAGACAAACAAAUAAGCCAACACUGAAGGAGGGGAAGCACUUCUGGCCCACUCACGCUCUCCUCCUCACAAAACAAUCUGAAGCUUUGGUUUGAACAAAAAAAUAAUAAAAACAAAAACAGAUUACAUGAUUUUUCUCUUUAUCUGUCUUCAGUGUGUUUUUGAAACCCCAGAUUUUUACCCCAUGAGUUUGUGAGUUCAGUAAACCCACCCCUCCCCUCCCCUUCACACACCCACACCCACACCUCCACCCUGUCACCCCUACCUACCUCUCAGAGAAAGUUCUGGUACUGCUGUAGUGUCUCAGUAAAAAGCAGUGAACGUGGUUUGGAGUAAAGUCUUUUUUAUAUAUAUAUCUCUCUGUGGAACCCCUCUCACUUCCUUGACACGGUGCUUUCGUUCGUCUGCACCCAGUACGACUUUGUAAAAUCCCCACCCCAGUAGAUCCAGCAGGGUGUGGAGAAACUCUGUUUUUUUUGGUCUGUUUGAGCACUGACUGUUUUUAACCCCUUUUGACCCUGACUUGGAUUGGACUGCUUCACACCAAUAAAAGGGAUUGUUUCUUCACAA